ACACAAAUCACCAUAGGCAUAACUUGAAAUAUAUCAACUUUUCAUUUCAUCCUAAUCCUCUCACUCAUUAUUCAAACCCCAAGUAUUUCAUUCCAAUAAAAUAAUAAUGCACCCAAAUUUCUUUUAUUUCACACUCGUUCUUCUUUUCUUGAUAAUUGGAGUUACUGUUGGUGGUUCUGCUGAAAAGAAACCUGAAAUGUCUACAGGCCCUAAUAACGAGCAGGGCAGUGGCUCUACUGGUGCUACCGGCUCCGGUCACAGCCCCAACGGGGAAUACAGCUGGGGUUGGGGAUCUACACCAAAUAGUGGGUGGGGCUACGGUUCAGGUUCAGGUCGGUCGCCGAAUGGAUUCGGCAGGGGUUUCGGGUUUGGCUUUGGGUCUGGGAGUGGGUCAGGUUCAGGACAUGGUUAUGGGUACGGCAGUGGUGGUGCACAUGGCGGUGGGUAUGGAGCUGGAAGUGGGUCUGGUAAUUCUGGUGGUGGUGGGACUGGCGGAGGAAGCGGUGGCGCAGGUGGCUCUGGUGGUGGUAGUCAUUCGCCGGCUGAGUUUAAAGGGAAAACAAACCAUGGCUGAUGAGUUCAGUAAGGUGUGGAGAAUAUAUGUAAGGUUUGAGGUUAAUCUUUUGAUUUAAAUUAAGGGUGCAACCGUACAAGGUGUGUGUGAGCUAAGUAAGUUGCUAUUAUAUAGUUUGAGUUUGGGAUUUAUGUAUAAAUUAUGAAUGGUUCUUAAAUAAGUUUAAUAUUUCAUAUGCUUAGUA